AACACCCUUGUACCGCUAAAAAUUAGGAAAUAUGUCUCUACCACGAGCAACACCACGCGCAAAACACUAUCACGGCGGCGCGAAGGGCAAAGUAACCGGAAACACGGUCCAACCAGCUCCAGCAUGGCGUGUACGAAACAUUCCCCCCGAGUCUCAGAGUCAGAAUGCCAUAGAUCUGGGGAGUAAGAUAUUGUUGAGUAACUUACCGCUUGAUGUAUCGGAGGAUGAGAUCGUUGACUUGAUGAAAAAGACGAUUGGGCCUGUUGUCUUACGAGACUCGUUUUUAAUUUGCAACUCGAAGGGUGUUCCGCGAGGCGCAGCUAUCGUCACGUUUACGCGCGGAAUUGACGCGUCGAGGGCGCGAGCGAGGUAUAAUGGGAAAGUUAUUGACGGCAAACGCGCAAUCAAACUCGAAAUAAUCUUAGACCGAGACGUCGACUCCUCACGUCCAUCCCAACAACAGCCACCCACCGCACCGAAUGGUGUACAACAACAAAAGCCCAAAACAUUAUUUGAUCGUCUCGGGCCUCUACCUUCCUCUCCUUCUCAUCAACCAACAAAAGCAAAUGGCGUAGCAAAUAGUCGACGAACACCAUCACUACUCGACCGCGCAGCAGCAGCCCCAUUCCUCUCCACACCUCCAUCCAAACCCAGAUCCUUCUCAACACCCAUACAACCACGCGUUGUACCACCAUCAGCACCAGCAGCCCUUAACAAAAAGCGACAAAAGAAAGGACCCAAACGCGUUAGGAAGAGCGUUGCAGACCUUGAUCGCGAGAUGGAGGAAUACGCUGUUGGGCGGAGGAACUUCAAUAGUGAUGGUGUGAUGAUGAUAUAGCCUCAUAUAGGCUGAUUGAUAGUUUUGGUAUUAAUGAUGAAAUGCUGUUUUGUUG